AUGGCCGACAAAACUCCCGAGCCGGCCGCGCAGCCCGUUGCGCCCAUCCCGCGUACUACCCGCCCUCUGAGCGAAGCUUUGCUUAACGAGAAGUGGGACCGCUGCCUCUCCUCCAUGCUCAUCCGCUCCGGUCUCGGUGUUUCUUUCGGUAUCGUCUUCUCGGUCCUCCUCUUUAAGCGCCGCGCGUGGCCCGCAUGGGUUGGUCUCGGAUUCGGUGCCGGACGAGCUUGGGAAGAAUGCGAUAGCUCGUUCAAGCGAACGGCGGCACCCCCGAAAGACGGACUCCGAGUAAUCAGGCCAUAA